CUGCUGGCCAUUACAGGCCACCUUCUGACCCUCAAAAGCUGUCGCCUGGAACUCUUUCAGGCCCUGACCAAGACGCGACGGCGGCUAGCUUCCUCAUGCGCACGUCCCCUGCUCCAGACGGGAGCCGUGCUCAAACCCUGUGCUUAUCAAACUGCAAUUGUCUCAAGCGAGCAGAACCCCGUCAUCAUCAUAGCGGUGGUGGCCGUGGCGGGGACCAUCAUCCUGGUGUUCAUGGUGUUCGGCUUCAUCAUCGGGAGAAGGUACGCUCUCGCGGGCCCCAUUGACUCUCCGCUCCUCCGGUAUCUGUUAGGGGAACUUCUGCUGCUGAUUGGCUGGACUCAGUAUGUGCCAGUGGAGAAGUCAGGACACUACAGAGCUGUGAUUAAGUUUCCGGGCACCAAAACCUACAUCGACCCUGAAACCUACGAGGACCCAAACAGGGCUGUCCAUCAAUUUGCCAAGGAGUUGGAUGCCUCCUGCAUUAAAAUCGAACGCGUGAUUGGAGCAGGUGAGCCCGUCCCCGGCCGGCUGAAGCUGCCGGGAAAGCGAGACGUGUCGGUGGCCAUCAAGACUCUGAAAGUGGGCUACACCGAGAAGCAGAGGCGGGACUUCCUGUGCGAGGCCAGCAUCAUGGGCCAGUUCGACCAUCCCAACGUGGUUCAUCUGGAGGGGGUAGUCACCAGAGGAAAGCCCGUCAUGAUUGUCAUUGAGUACAUGGAGAACGGCUCAUUAGAUGCCUUUCUCAGGAAGCACGAUGGCCAGUUCACAGUCAUCCAGUUGGUGGGCAUGCUGCGCGGCGUUGCGGCGGGAAUGAGAUAUCUGGCCGACAUGGGCUACGUCCACCGGGAUCUGGCCGCCAGAAACAUCCUGGUCAACAGCAAUCUCGUAUGCAAAGUGUCCGACUUCGGCCUGUCCAGGGUGAUAGACGACGAUCCCGAGGCUGUCUACACAACAACGGGGGGCAAAAUACCCGUCCGGUGGACUGCGCCAGAAGCCAUUCAGUAUCGGAAAUUCACUUCUGCAAGUGACGUCUGGAGCUAUGGGAUUGUCAUGUGGGAAGUCAUGUCCUAUGGGGAGAGGCCUUACUGGGACAUGUCCAACCAAGAUGUCAUUAAGGCCAUAGAGGAGGGCUACCGACUGCCCGCCCCCAUGGACUGUCCACCAGGACUGCACCAGCUCAUGCUGGACUGCUGGCAGAAGGACAGAGCUGAGCGUCCCAAAUUCGACCAGACAGUGGGAGUCCUGGAUAAGAUGAUACGGAAUCCCAACACCUUGAAAACUCCAGUCGGAACGUGUACAAGACCAAUUAGCCCACUGUUAGAUCAGAGCACACCAGACUUCACUGCUUUCCGCUCAGUGGGAGAGUGGCUGGAAGCCAUCAAGAUGGAGCGAUACAGAGACAACUUCACAGCAGCGGGCUACAGCUCCUUGGAGUCUGUGGCCAGGAUGUCAAUCGAGGAUGUGAUGAGCUUGGGGAUCACGCUAGUAGGCCAUCAGAAGAAGAUCAUGAGCAGCAUACAGACUACCAGAGCCCAGAUGCUGCACCUUCACGGUACUGGGGUCCAGGUGUGA